AUGGACAGCGUCGAAGCGUCCAAACAGGCAGCCGCCAAGGUUGCAGUCCAGAACCACUAUCCAGCCGACGCAAAGUGGGUUGGGAUUGGGAGUGGAACAACCAUUGUUUACGUUGUCGAUGCAAUCAAAGCGUUGGGCGUUGAUACAAGUCUGACCCGAUUCGUCCCUACUGGUUAUCAAUCGAAACAACUCAUUACCAAGGCCGGGUUGACAGCUGUCGAAUUCGACUCCAUCCCACAGGGUACUGUGCUUGAUAUCGCAUUCGAUGGUGCUGACGAAGUGGAUGAUGACCUGAACUGCAUCAAGGGAGGUGGUGCUUGUCUUUUCCAAGAAAAGCUAGUCGCUCUGCAAGCAAAGGCUUUUAUCUGUGUUGCUGACUCUAGGAAAUCACAAAGCCGUCUUUUAACAAACUGGAAAUACAUCCCCAUCGAAGUGGCGCCGAUCGCGGCCUAUCGCGUUCUCAACAAAUUGAUUGAAUUGGGCAGCAUCAAACCAGCUAUUCGUCUUAGUUCCACAGCCAAAGAAGGACCGCUCAAGACAGACCAGGGAUUCUUCAUUAUUGAUGCCCCCUUCAAGCCGUUGCUUCUUCCGUCUGAUGUCAAGGCCGGCAAGGAUGGGAGUGGUGUCGCCGGUGUAUGGGAAGUUGAGACCCUCGCACGAAAGAUCAAGGCUAUCCCCGGUGUUCUCGAGGUGGGUAUCUUCAGCGGACUUACUGCCCCGCAGGCUCAGGCUGUGGGAUCAAUUGGAGGACAGAAGCCUGUUGCUGCAUACUUUGGUAUGCCAGAUGGCUCGGUGUCGGUACGAAAAGCCGCCGUCUAA